UGCAGCUAACAUUUCAGCUGCAAGCUAGACCCCUCGCCUCUUUCUUUCUUUCAGUUCGCGACGGCAACACGUUUUUCUUACCUGCUACGAUUUUAUUAUGUCUAGCUAGCGAUAACGCGCUUUUUCUUUUUCUUCUUUCACUUCCAGGUAAUGCUGAGUGUACACUAGACCAGCAACGCGCCUUUGUGGAAAAUAACCACCAAAUAAACAUUUUAACCGACGUUCAUUUAGGAGAAAACAUUUGAGUCUCAAUCCGAUUGGACUACAAACAGUCCACAGCAAGACAACAAGCAAGGACAUGCAGAAGAGAGGUCAGUGAGGAGGAUGACAACAGAAGAAUAAAGGAUGGCGAAGGAGGGAUGAGAAAGAGACUGAAGUAAGAGGAGGAAGUAGAACUCUGAAGUGCCUACUGCGAGGGGUUGUCUGCUGCCGCUGUCUGACUUUGCUGGAUGAGAGCAGGACGGGGCUCAGUGUGUGUUUGGCCUUGAAUGGAGGCUAUAUUUUAUCCAGACAGCCACAGAGUCAUCCAUCCCAUGUUGCUGAGCUGCAGUCCCUACAUACCCUGAGCUGGGCUGCCACCUCGUCUCAUCAGUGCAAGGAAACCAUCCCUAUAAGGUUCUGCUUUUUUGUUCUACAGAAAUCUUCCUUUUCAGGCUCUUGAAACAUAAUUAGCUCUACAGAGACUGCCACAGCCUUGGCCAUGUUGACUUGAAUGUAACAGUGACUUAGGGUGGGUGUCAGUUGAUUCAGGUGAAGGCACAGAUGCUCAGCGACAUAUCCAAGCACUGUAGAGUGAUGUCCUCAGAGUAGUCUCUGUUUUUUCUCUUUUUUUUUGAGACAGAGCUGGCCUCUGCUCACAACCAAGCCCCUCUAUCUCACCCCAGUGAAACCUCAGCUGCCACAUUUCCCAGGAAAAACUAAUAAACAUCCCCCAAAAUACUUUGACUAAAAGGACUCGCUGCCUGUUUGCGCUGAAGGAAAACUGAAAAUAUUUUUUGCUUCUGUUCUUCCUCUCUGUUUUGCUGGGGAUUUCUUUUUUUGCAUCACUAUUAGUCACCCUUGCACUCAUCAGACAGUUUUCCGUCCAUCUAUCCCCACCACUGUUCCGUGUUUGUGAGCGUCUCUGAUGGCUGUCAGCAUGACCAUGGGACGGGACACCAAAUGGCUGACCCUGGAAGUGUGUCGUGAGUUUCAGAGAGGUACCUGCUCAAGGUCUGAUGCAGAGUGCAAGUUUGCCCACCCUUCCCGGAGCUGCCAUGUGGAGAAUGGCCGAGUCAUCGCCUGCUUUGACUCACUGAAGGGGCGCUGCACACGUGAGAACUGUAAAUACCUGCACCCACCUCCUCACCUGAAAACCCAGCUGGAGAUUAACGGGAGGAACAACCUGAUCCAGCAGAAGGCCGCGGCAGCCAUGUUGGCUCAACAGAUGCAGUUCAUGCUGCCUGGAACACAGCUGCAGCCCAUAACAACAUUCCCGGUGACACCCUCCCUGGCAACGAGUCCCAGUAUGGCGUUCAGUCCAUAUCUGAGCCACAUGGGCCCAGGCAUGGGCUUGAUGCCUGAGCUGCUGCCCAGUACUCCCCUGCUGGUCCCUGGGAGUCCCACCAGCCUGGCAGCCAUGGGCAACGGCACCUCCGCACAAAAACAUGUGCGCACAGACAAGCUGGAGGUUUGUCGAGAAUUCCAGCGUGGUAACUGCACACGGGGUGAGAGCGACUGCCGCUACGCUCACCCCCUGGAGGCCGGCAUGGUGGACUGCAGCGAGAACUCCGUCAUCGUCUGCAUGGACUACAUCAAGGGCCGCUGCAGCCGAGACAAGUGCAAGUACUUCCAUCCUCCUGCUCACCUGCAGGCCAGGAUCAAGGCUGCACAGCACCAAGCCAGUCAAAACACAAUCACCAACACAGGUUUGGCUCUGCCUCCAGGGGUCAUGCAGCCGCUGCCAAAGAGGCCGAUCUUAGAGAAGAGCAACGGAGCCGCUGCCGCCGUUUUCAACCCCAGCAUGUUCCACUACCAGCAAGCCCUGGCUAACAUGCAGCUUCAGCAGCCAGCCUUUAUCCCCACUGUAGAUCCCUCGGAGCUUCUGACUUCUGAUCCAGUGGAGCUUCAGUGCGUUCCCAUGGAAACUCAUUUCUGUCCCAUCCCUAAAGUGCUGGUGGCGGCUCCAGUGGCGCUAAACUCAGUAAGCCUUUCCCGAAACCCCAGUUAAAGCCCCUGAAACAUGCGCAGUACCAGGGUGGUCAUCUUUCUGAAUGCAGCAAACAUGUGCCUCACCUACAGUGCACACUGACUGAGUGGCAAUGUGAAACUUCUUAUAAGAUAUUAUGAAAGUAGGAAAGCUGCGAUGGUUCACGCAAUACAAGCCUGGACGUAUUACCGUUGCUUUAAAGCAGCCAUCCUGAUGCAUACUGACUUGAUCAGGCUGAGCAAUAGAGCUCCCUCGUUCUUACAGCCAUACAUGCCCACACCUUAAAAGUGCAGCAUACAUAUGCAUACAAACACACACACAAAUGCACACAUACAGAUUUGGGACUAAAAGCCCUUUAUGGGUUGGAGCCAUCAUAUGCGGCGACCCAAAACAUUUGACUGUUCCAAAGUCAGAAACUCUGAAAAGUUAAUUCUGGAAAUUCAGACCAUUUAAGUGGCACUUGCGGACCUGCCACUGGUCUACAAACAUUACGUGUUGUCAAAAUGAAAGAGUGUUUCAUAUCAUGUCAUGUUUACGUUUCAAGAUGGCUACAAAUGUAACAUUCGUGCUGUACCAUGUAUACCAUUCAGUUUGUUCUCAAUCUCAUCUUGCCUGAUGAAACGCCAUUGAGUUGUUGUUAAUUUGUUUGUGCCUUUGAUUUAUCAGCUCGGCUGCAGAGGAGACUUAGUUUCCCAAAAUAUUUCAAAACAUUUAACAGCAUACAUAGAAAGAUGUUGUUAUUUGCAAUUACAGGCCAUAUCUGUUGUUACAAAAAAUACUGUGUAUUAGCCUAUAGUUCCUAUUGUAAGAAAAUCUAGUAAUUACAGUGAUCACAACUUUAUAUUGUUUCAUAAAUGUUAAGGAAAACAGUUGAAACAGUUUUUGUCCCCCGGUGUCCAAGUCAGUAACUGGUACUUACUAUAAUAAUAGCAGCAAAUGAGACAUUACUUUUCUCAUUACUUACUUUUAAUACAACCACCCAAAAAACAAAUGGAAAGAAUGACAUAAAAUUAGGAUACAAUUGUUUCUGUACUAAAGGGGCUGAGUUGAGAGAUUUUUCUUAAUGUGGCUCUUAAUUUCUGGAUUUAAAACACAAACUGCCUUAAAGCAGGUGAGUUCUCUGUGUGAAGGCUCAGCUCAAAUGAUUGAAACUGUUGAAUUUGAGUGAAGUAUCUUCAUCAUGACAUCUAAUCAGUGAUUCUUGCCUGCGCUGGGUAAUUGUCUAAUGACUGAAAAGGAAGGUUUGUUCGUCCCGUUUUCACCAUGAUUUCAUAGCCAAACAUGGUGUUAAAAAAAUGACAAUCUACCAGCGCAGUCAUGUUGACCUCCUAUUACAACAAUGAGUCCUGGCCUCAGUCACAAACCCAGAUUUCCUGUGUCCAACUUAGCUGAAACCAAGACAAAAUGAUAUUUGUGAGGCUUGGAUCUAAGAGUACAGACUUUUAUCAUUGGCACUUGUUAAACUUUUACACCUGAUGUCAGAGAUGGAAGCUGGAUUUGUUUCCUGAUGUUGUGCCUAAAGUCUGUGUGUGCCAAGUGGUGGUAUAUGCAAGGAGCUUCCCCAUUUAAUGCAAUACCUGAAUAACUCCUCCUAAUAAAUGUCUCCCUCUUAAAUGCAGAUAUGUAUUUUAAAAAGGCAGUUCGUGUAAUUGUCUCCAUUAGUGGAGAAUCUUGGAUUGAAUGAGUGGCACAAGAUUUUUAUGUUUUAUGGCUCUUCAGGGAGAAAGCUUAGAACUUGAAAAUGUCCUGUCUGACUUUAAAAUGUGUCGUCUUUUCUACUGAUGUGUCCUUUUUGUCAAAAGUCGUCAGACUCUAAAUAUUGCAGCGACAGUUGUUAUAACCAGAACUGAGUUGUGGCAAAGUCAGGAGAUGGAGGAAUAAAUCACCCGUUUGAUGUCUGUUGGUAAAAAAUUACAAAUCAGUUGGAUUCCUGGUUUUCAAAUGUCUGUAAGGAAUUGCUCUGUAGGCGUGUAAAAUUGAACGUAACAGCUUUGGAAACUGGGCUGAAAUAACUUUUAUCCAAAUUCAAAUGUGCCUCUUUCAAGUCUCCUCAAACCACAGCUGUCAAUUACACUGUAAGAACAGACCAGUGCUCAAAGAUAGAUGUGUUAUUUGGUACAUUAUUAUAAUAGUAAAUCAUAUCUGUACUAGUUUCUUCUCUGAGACAGCUGUGCUGUCUUAUUGUUUAUGUAAAGUAAAUAAAUCAGUGAGUUGUGUGCA